UCAAGAAAAUAUCCUCCUCUUCAUCUGAUUUUCGUGCUAGAAGCGUUUUUCACUUUUUUUUUUUUUUUUUUUUUCUCUCAUAUAGUAUAUCAGUUCAACAAUCGUCUUAAGCCCUUUUGUCAUCUGUGAUUUUGUAAUUUCUGAGGUUUUAAAGAGUGGGUUUAAGCAGCUGUUGACAAGAAGAAGAAGAAGAAGAAGAACACAAAAACCCUAACGAAAAAAUGGAAUCCAAAGCUAUUUGCUUAGGGUUUCUUCCUCCAAGACUUCGCUUUUCAUCUCCACAUUUACUCUCUAGUCCUUGUGGUUCUUCGACAUUUGCAAAGCGUCAUGAUUCCAAACAAACCCUUGUUUGGAACAAACCGCAGUUGAGUCGAGGUCGUGUACUAUUGUGUUCUUCUAAUGCUGAAUCAAGGCCUGAGAAGAACCAAUUGGAAAAGAGUAACUACGCUCGAGCUGAGCUGUUCCGUGGAAAAUCAGGUUCUGUUUCUUUCAACGGCUUAACCCAUCAGCUGGUUGAAGAAAGCAAACUUGUUUCAGCUCCGUUCCAAGAAGAGAAAGGUUCUUUCUUGUGGCUUUUGGCUCCUGUUGUCUUGAUUUCUUCUUUGAUUCUUCCACAGUUCUUUCUUACUGGUGCCAUUGAAGCUACUUUCAAAAACGACACUGUUGCUGAAAUUGUUACUUCGUUUUGGUUGGAGACGAUGUUUUAUGCUGGUCUUGCAAUAUUCCUGUCUGUGACUGACCGAGUGCAGAGGCCGUACUUAGACUUCAGCUCCAAGAGAUGGGGUCUGAUCACUGGACUGAGGGGAUACCUUACGUCUGCAUUCCUCACGAUGGGUUUAAAAGUUGUGGUUCCUGUAUUUGCUGUAUAUAUGACUUGGCCAACUCUCGGAAUAGAUGCGUUGAUCGCAGUGCUUCCUUUUUUAGUUGGCUGUGCUGUUCAACGAGGUUUUGAGGCUCGGCUUGAAAGGCGUGGCUCAUCAUGUUGGCCCAUUGUUCCAAUAGUCUUUGAGGUGUAUAGGCUGUAUCAGGUGACAAGAGCAGCGACUUUUGUUCAGAGGCUGAUGUUUAUGAUGAAAGAUGCGGCAACGACUGCAGAAAUUACAGAGCGAGGAGUUGCGCUCGUUGGUUUGGUCGUAACCUUGCAAUUUCUAGCUGUUAUGUGUCUCUGGUCGUUUAUCACUUUUCUUAUGCGCCUCUUUCCUUCUAGACCUGUAGGUGAAAACUAUUAAAUCUCAGUGUUUAGUGAUUGUUAGAUGUGUAGCCAAAUCCCAUCGGUUUUGUUUUGUUUCUGUGUUCACUUCCGGAGUAAUGGGUUUUAUUAAGUCAUUUUGAGAGUAAGUUAUGAUCUUGAGAUAUGAAAUUGGUUGGAAAUGUUGUAAAACAGUCGUACUAAACUUCAAGACUUGACGAGGUCUUAUUGGGGACUUUGUAACCCUUAUCAAAAGUUUCAAUGUGUCCCU